UCCAGCUGCGCGCUUCGCGCUUCCGCCUCGCGUUCCCAUGGCGCUGAAGCGGAUACAAAAAGAACUAAGUGAUCUGCAGCGAGAUCCACCAGCCCACUGUUCUGCUGGACCUGUGGGAGAUGACUUGUUUCAUUGGCAAGCAACUAUUAUGGGACCUCCUGAUAGUGCAUAUCAAGGGGGAGUAUUUUUUCUCACAGUACACUUUCCAACAGACUAUCCUUUCAAACCACCAAAGAUUGCUUUUACAACAAAAAUCUAUCACCCAAACAUAAACAGUAAUGGGAGUAUUUGUCUUGAUAUCUUGAGAUCACAGUGGUCACCAGCUCUGACUGUUUCUAAAGUUUUAUUGUCCAUAUGCUCCUUACUUUGUGAUCCUAAUCCAGAUGAUCCUUUAGUACCAGAUAUUGCACAGAUCUACAAGUCAGACAAGGAAAAAUACAACAGACAUGCAAGAGAAUGGACUCAGAAAUAUGCAAUGUAAACUUUUGAAGACAUUUUCAUAUACCACAGAGUACUGUAAAUUCUAGGUUUUUUCAAAGUUACAAGGAAAUGGAGCACAGUUUAUGGCUUCAUUGUGGCACCCCUUGAAUUUUUUUUCACCCAUCCAAGUGUGUUUCUGGAACAAGAGAGAACAAACUUCCAAAAAUAACCUUAUGACUUUGAUGAGAAUAUUUAUCAUCUUUGUAUGCUUUGCAGAAGACAUUUAUUAUAGUUUUUAAGAGUUGGACACCUGCAUAAUUCAGUUGUAAAUCAACUAAAUUGUUUUUGAAAAGAGCUGUUUUCAUGUGAUGAAUACUGUAUGUGUCAUUGAAGUAUAUUGUCUGUUUCGUGUGUUCAAGUUUCUUUUUGUUAGUUCUCUUAUAUAAUUUGUAUUUUUUACUGUAUAGACUAUUUUAAUUACAGUGUAAGUCAUUUCAUUUUAGACUUGCUUAUGCACAAUAUUGACUAGAUACAACUGCUAAUAGUGAAAGUAAUUGGAGAAUCUCACCCAUUAGAAUAUUCUGAAGACUGACUGCAGACUUCUAAAACAUAAAAUGGUCUUUGCACUGUACAUCUUUGUAUGCUGAUUAUGGAGAAACACUUGGUUUUGAUUCUGUUGCAUACUUGACUUAAUUUUAUCACGAUGUGAACUAAUUGCACUGGUAUGUAGAAAGAUAGGUAACUUUUGUUGCUAUUCACAACUGAUUUUUGACGUGUGGGCAACAUAAUACUCUCACAGAGCUUUUACAAAUCCAGAUGUAGCCUUUUCCAUAUAAAUAAAAUACAUUUUCUACUUUC